AUGCCCCGCGCAGGUGGGGGCGUGGCGGAGGGCGGGCAGGGUCCGUGGCCGCGCGCUGAUUGGCUGCGGGGCGGGUCUGUAAAGGCGGAGGGCGGGCAGAGCGAGCGCCAUUUUGGCCGCGUGGACGUGAGUGAAGAGAACUCGGCGGCCGCUGCACUUCGCUCUCCGGAGGACAAAUCCCCCCGUGAGACCCUGGUGGGAGAGGCCGUUUUGAAGGGCUCCAUGGCGCAGGAAGGCAGCGGGGAGGAAAAGGGCCGGAGAUCCCCCCACAGGAGGGGCUCCAAAGCCAUCCCAGGGUGCUCUGAGGAGGAAAGAGCCAGCCUGUGCCGGGAAGGUGGCCGGAGCUUGAGCUGGAACUCCAACCUGGUGGUCCCUGAUCAACCUCCCAGCAGAGAGAAGCCCUUCAGGUGCUUGGAAUGUGGGAAGAGCUUCAAGAACAGCUCCAUCCUCAUCCGACACCAGCAGAUCCACACUGGGGCACGUCCCUACUCAUGUGGGGAAUGUGGGAAGAGCUUCAACCAGAGCUCCCACCUGAUCAAACACCAGCGUGUCCACACUGGGGAACGGCCCUACAUGUGCAAUGAUUGUGGGAAGAACUUCAGUGACAGCUCCAACCUGAUCCGACACCAGCACAUCCACACUGGGGAACAGCCCUACACGUGUGGGGAAUGUGGGAAGAGCUUCAGGGACAGCUCCCACCUCCACAACCACCAGCUCAUCCACACUAGGGAACGGCCCUACAAGUGUGGGGAGUGUGGGAAGAGCUUCCCCCACAGCUCUACCUUGACCAAACACCAACGGACCCACCGGUAAAGGAAGCCCUACCAGUACCUUGACUGCAGGAAGAGCUUCAGUCGCUGCUUCCACCCCAAAUGAACCCCCUGAUGGUGAGGAAGCCCCUGGAGUCCAGUGACUGUCAGUCCAACCCUUUUACCAGAAAGGGCCAGCCCCCUUUCCCAGGGGCAGCUUCUUCCAACAGAACCCUUCUUGGGGGGUGUGUGGAGAUUCCUGCCUUGGCUGGGGACCCCCCAAGGACAGUCCUGGAGAUUGAGAGCAGAGAUCUCCCCACGAGCAUUGAUCUGGGGGAGUUCCAUCCCUCUCUA